AUGUAUCUAUCAAUUAUUAUCAUCAUGUAUCAACUGGGCCGAGGAGAUCUCCAACGAGUCACUUUGGAGCGCUGCAGAAAAACACCAAUUAGCCAGCAGAUCAAGCGAUACGAUUGGAAAUGGAUAGGCCAUACACUCCGAAGAGAUUCCAAUCAUAUCCUCAAGCAGACGCUUGUGUGGAAACAAGGAGAGAAAGCAGAAGCGUGGCUGGCACAAGAUAACCUGGCGUCGUAG